CGACAGCAUCGCGUUCCGGCUCAAGAGUCGCGCCAAGUGCCAACUUGUUCAUUUUCCAAUUUCCAGCACGAUGCUCAAGACGACGGCCCUCCUCGCAGCGUUCCUCGCUUGCGCCACGACGCCCGUCGAGGCCCACGGCCGCAUGCUCCACCCGCCGCACCGCGGCCACAUGUUCCGCCUUCCGCAGUUUAGCUUCUUCCCCGAAGACUAUGACGACGAUGGGCUCAGCGGUGGUGGCAUCGGCGGCACCAAGGGCGGCAAGCACGGCAUCUGCGGCGACCCGUACAACGGCGCGCGCCAUCACGAGACGGGUGGCAAGUACGGUCUCUUCCCCAAGUACGGCGCCAAGGCCGUCGGCGCGUGCUACAAGCCGGGUGCGACCAUGGACAUUGACAUUCAGAUCACGGCCAACCACAAGGGGUACUUUACCUUUGGCCUCUGCAAGCUCAACAGCAAGGACGACAAGGAGACCGAAGAGUGCUUCCAAGAGCUCAAGCAGCCCAACGGCGACGCGCAGUGGAAGCUGCCGGGCGGCAACAAAAAGUUCUCGAUGCAGUACAACCUCCCGUCGGGUGUCAAGUGCGACGGCGACUCGCACUGCGUGCUUCGCUGGUGGUACGUCGGUUGGAACAACCCGGACGACGACAUCAACGGCCAGGAGCAGUUUUGGAACUGCGCCGAUAUCUACAUUAGCGACUCGUGCGGGUCGGAGCCCAAGCCGACGGCGUCGCCUGUGCCCACGGACGUGCCGUCGCCGGACGACAACCCGGACGACUCGGACCCGACGACCAAGCCUAGCGAGAAGCCGACGCCGAAGCCUAGUGACAAGCCGACGCACAAGCCCACUGACAAGCCGACGCAAAAGCCCACUGACAAGCCGACGCAAAAGCCCACUGACAAGCCGACGCAAAAGCCCAACGACAAGCCGACCCAAAAGCCCACUGACAAGCCGACCCAAAAGCCGAUUGACGUCAAGGACGCCAAGAAGGCGUGGGAGCAGUGCGGUGGCAAGGACUACACGGGCAACGUGGCCUGUGCGACGGGCCUCGAGUGCAUCAAGCAGGACGAGUGGUACUCGCAGUGCGUGCCCACCAAGCGCUUUGGUUGAUCGCUCCAAUCGGUGACUGCGUCAUAACUGAAUGUAAAUACAAAGACUGUGCACACUA